AUUAUUGUGUUUCAAUGUAUUUAUUUUCCUUCCAGACUUUGUGACCAAGAAGACAAAGGGUUGUUAAAGGAUCCCAUGCUGUAUGAGGAUGAUAUCCAAGUCCAUAUUGUAAAUGAAGUGAACAGAAGUCCCUUGCAAGCUUUCUGGAAGAAGAAUGUGCCCAUCUUUAUAGCCGAGAGAGCAUCACUUAAAGUGGAUGAGGACCAAAUGGAAGACUCCUCUAUUAAUGAAUCCAACAAUCUAACGUCUAGCAAGUUGGAAGAGAAUAUGGGACCUUUACCCCUCUCUGUCAUGAAGGCAAGACAGUUGGUUUCUUGGUACACUUUGGCCCAUAAUCCACACAUGGCCCAGGUGAUCAACUGCAGUGUAUCAACUGCCUUUCCUCUGCUGUGGGUAAGAUGCGAUGGUUCCGAUCCUGAAGGUACUGUUUGGCUAGGAGCUGAACCUGUGAAUACUGGGAAGGAGAUUACAUCCAUAGUUUUCCAUAUAGUUACGUGCACUGGACCAAUUUUUGACAAAAACUCUUUCACAAGCAUAGAAAAAUUGAAAAUUGCCCAUAAAGACAGACAUCCUAAUUCUGCUGUCAUAACGAAGGGCUAUGCACAGUAUGAUUUGUUUGGUGCCACUGUAUUGGAGAAUACAAUUAUGGAAUCCCAGAGUAAUAUUAUGGUGGAUUUCACUUGGAACAAUGUGGACAAAAUCUUAGAAAUUCCACCACUAACAUCAGUUGCGACACUGAAUAUCAAAGCGGAACCUGGAGACCUGAGAAGUCCUGUUAUCCAGAUACAUAAGGAGCUAGAAUUUCUUCUCGUUUUAGCUCAAGGUUUGAAAACAGGAGAAACAGAGUGGCCAGAAGUUCUAGAAGAAAAGUCUGCUGUGACCGUUGUGCAGGAGUUAAUUGAAGACCUAAAGAACCAACUCAAUGUCUCUCAACAACAGCUGAAGAGCAAGGAGACAGAGAAAUUAAAAAGUGAUGCAGCUGCUGUUGAAUCAACCAUUCAUGCGUCAUUCGCUCCUGAACGCGGAGAUCUUGAUUUUGCGGAGCUGCUUUGGACUGGAAUGAGGAAAACUGUGUCUUCAUACCAGGAUGUGGUCGAUUGCUUGGCACUAGUCAUUCAACACUUAAAAUGCAAGGACAUUCAACCAUGGAUCCAUCAAGGAAGCAACAGUUCUCUCGGUAAGCUGAUUCAGCAAUCGUACCAGGGGACCAUGCCCACUGUCUCUGUUAAUGGAAUUACUGCUAUCCGAAUGCUGUUGGAGAUAGGAUUGGAUAAAUUGCAGAGGGACUACAUAAACUAUUUCAUAGUGCUGAUCUACACUGGACUGAUGAUAUAUGGUGAUCAGAAAACCUUUUUGGAUGUAGUCGGGUCAAGAACUCACUACUUUGAAUUACUUGGAUUACUUUGUGAGUUGCACCAUAAGUCUGGAAGAGCAGAUGUUCCGUCUCCAAAAACUCCACCACGUGCUUGAGCUGGUGAUGAGUUGUAGUGCCUUCCUGAACUUGAACCAUGAAAACCUCUUUACGCUGA